AUGCCUAAACUGGGGUUGUUUCUGACCCUUUGGGUGCUGGUGUGGGAUCUGCGCCCGGAAGCUGAGGCUCGGAGCCCCUCGUACGGAGUGAAGCUCUGUGGCCGGGAGUUCAUCCGGGCUGUCAUCUUCACCUGCGGUGGCUCCCGUUGGAGACGAGAAGGGAUCCUGUCCACAGGGGACGCUUUGGUGGACACUAUGGGGAGCGAAUCAGACGAAGCCACUUCCAGCGAGUGGCACUCCGGCCCUGGCGUGCUUGCAGCCAAAGAACUGAACAACUUCUACACUGGCCACAGCUGGCAGGGAGCACCUUGGAGCCAGCCAGGCCAGGAGGCGGGGACCUCCCGGGAUGGACGAGAUGUCUUAGCUGGACUCUCCAGCAACUGUUGCAAAUGGGGCUGUAGCAAGAGCGAAAUCAGCUCCCUGUGCUAGGGGUUGAGAGGCCCUUAGGGAAGCAGAGUUCUUCAUUAUUUAAAUUCCUGGAACCUCAGGUCCUUCUUCUCGGACUCCAGCUUGCUCUCUCACCCCUCAAGUCAGGGUUUCAGAGGCUGCCCCCCGCCCCCACCCCAGCUUACUCUACCCCUUCAUUGGUGGGUGCAAGACAGGGAAUGAAGUGUCAUUUCUGGGAGGGGAGGGCAGAGAAAGGGAAGGAGAGUAUGAUUCACCCAGCACAUGGUUCUUCUGGUUCGGGCCUUCUCCGUUGUUCCCUCUCCAUUCCCCAUCCACUCGGUCGUUUCCCUUCCUGCCUUCCCAGUUAAUUCCCUUGGACUCCAGGGGAAAACUCCUCAGAGGUCCUCCCCUUUUUGUCCAGCAAACCCAUGUCCAAGAGGAUAUAGAUUCGGAGCGGGAGACAGGUGGCUCGGAUGAUCUGCCCAGUUUGGGGCUACAGAAAGAGGGGAUAGACUGAAGCGGUCGAUAAGAGUGUGGAGCCUGUUUCAAAGCGUCAA